UUGGUGAGGUAUGUUCACAGCCAUGGAAUGAAAAGGAGGAUAAAACGAAUGGUGAUACUAGAAAACUUUUUAGAUUAAUGAAAGAUUGUUACGAUAGUAUUGCAUUGUAUUUUUAUGAAAAAUUUGGUACAAAUUAUUCUAGUUGUUGGAAUUUAAAAAACUUGGAAAUAUAUGGUAUCAUUGUAUCAGAUCAGCCAGGAUUUG